AUGACGUUUGGAAGUAUAACUAGGCAAGUUAAAGAAGAGGAAGACAAUGAAACAAAUAGCAAUCAUGAAAAUCACCAUGCUACAACAUCAAGUCAUGCAAGUGUGAAAAAAAUGUAUCCUUGCAAGUUUUGUAAUAAGAAGUUCAGCACUGGAAAAGCUUUGGGUGGGCACCAGAAUGCCCAUAGAAGGAAGAGAGAAGCAGCAAAAAGAGAAAAGAUUCUUAGCAUGACGUCUGCUCCUAAAAAUUCACUCCCCAAUUUUCAAUCUCACAGUUUUGGCUUUACUUCACCUUAUGUGCAACUCAAAGAUGACUCAUAUCGUAAUUCAUGGCUAGGGCAACAAAUGGUGAAUUGUGCACAACCAACCACGCAUGGGACAACCUUGAUGUCCCACGAAUCAAAUCAAUUUGCUUAUUUUUCCAUGCAAGGAGGAAAAUCACAAAGUUCAGAGCAACAACAACAGUCACAAAGAUCUCAGAGUUCUACCGCAAAGGAGAUUGAUUUCAUUAGCAAGCUUGCACAUAAUAAGAAAAUUUCUUAUCAAGCAAGCAAUUCUUCAAGGAGGCCUCGUAAUGAAAAUAUAGAGGUGAUUGAUUUGACUCUCAGGCUUUGA